ACAGCAGCAGUCAGACACAGGAUGGCGGCUUAUUUCAAGCUCUACCGCCAGAGAUGCGUUACAGCACAGCGAUUGGGUGAUCAGUGGUUCCACCCUGUUGAUUGCGAGGCAAAACAAACGUUCUGUUGAAAUUGUGUCUGGGGGUAUUUCACUGGAGGAAUUGAUCUUUGUUGUAGUUUGUUUAUGCAAAGUGAGGAUAUUGCCAUAAAUUCUUACAAAGUUAUGUUAUCAAACGGAUUUCCUUUGGAGGAAGUUGCAACUUCACGAGCUAUGGUGAUUUGAAAUUGUGGGUUGCGUGUUACGUCCAGGCGACCACACAGAAAUAACGAGUUCUACUUACAACAUGGCUCCAUAUAACUCGUCAAUGAAAGUUUCUUGAACCUGAUGUAGUUAACACUCCAAAGAGAGGUCAGUGACAAUUAGUUAUGGGUUCUGGAAGUUCUAUUACGAAAAAAGUGAUCGUAGACGACGAAUUUAGUGAAGGAGAUUCCAUGGUGACCAAGAAUAUUCCCAUCGAAUGUCCGCCUGGACGAAAAACUACAUCACUUAAACCAAGUGGUUCGAUUGGCAAGAAAAAGAGUCGGAGAAGCACAAAGGCAAAACCAGUAAUAAAAAGCUUUAGUCUCCGCUCUGCUUUUUCUGUGGAGCUAGAAAGAGAAGCUGAUGAACUCCGUAAAGAACUUGAAAUUUACCGACAGAAUAAAGCAACAGAAAUUGCCGAACUUGAAGUUCGGAAGGAGAAAUUGCAUAGCGAUAACCAGCGACUUCGUGGCGAGAUUAAAGCUUUACAAGCCACUUGUUUAAAGUUAAAGAACGAAAGGGCUAUGGCAUUGGAAGGAAGGGAUCAAGCGCUUCAGAGAGCAGCAGCAUUUGAGAAAGAAAGGGACAAAGUUCAGCGACAGUUCAAGAUCUUCAGGGAAUCCAGAGAACGUGAAAUACAAGAUGUACUGCAAGCAAAGCGUGACCUUGAGCUUCAGUUUCAGCAGUGUCUAUCAGUGUGGUCACGAGAUGAAAACAGGUCAGAAGUUGUAGGCAACAUGGCCACAGACUGGUGGGCGUCAUCUCUGGAGAGUGACCCAAGCAUUGAUAGUUUAACACAUGUGACAUCUUUUCGGGGACCUGAAUUCUUUCACAGUCCAUUGGAGAAAGAAGGACCUUUUACCAACAUCAGUAGAGAUGACUGGAAUGCAGUAGUGCCCUCAGUUCUGCAGCUUGCAUCAUUAAGUCUCCAAGCUCCAGUCCAGCAGCAAACAAUCAAAAUGUACAUAUCUGCACCAAGUGGCAUGCAACAGGAAGUUGAUCUUUUCAAGCAGGAACUUGGCUUAUUUGAUGACCAUUCAUCACCUGUUGAUGCUCACUUCCUUGAUGGUUCUUCUUGGGAUAUGGCAGAGGACUGGGAGCAAGUUGAAACAUUGAAAGCUGCUGCAGAAUGCUCCUGUGAAAUGGGGCUCAGUAACUUCUAUAGCGACCUCAAUGAACAUGUGUCCAGUGCAGGACUCAAAGCUCCAAUGCUUGUAAAAGGUGAUGCUGGGUUUGGAAAGUCACUUCUCUUGGCAAAGUGGAUAGCUCUGCAACAAAGCAGUUUGUCUGGACGGCUGGUGCUUUAUCACUUUGUUGGAUCAUCUUCAUCAUCCAGUGCUAAUUCAAUUCUGAUGAUACGAAGGUUUACUCUGCAGUUGAUGAAGCAGUUGGCAUCAUCACGUGCAGUGCCAUGUGACCCAGGUCACUUGGAAGAGGAGUUUCCACGGUGGCUGGAGAGAGCUGCAUCCAAAGUCCAUGGUGGUAUCACCAUAGUAAUUGAUUCAGCUGAUAAACUACAAGGUGCACCUAAUCAUAUGAAGUGGUUGUUGGAUCCUUUGCCUGUUGGUGCAAGAGUUAUUUUAUCCGUCACAGAAAGCACUUGUCCUGUAGCAUGGAGGCCAUGGUCAUCACUGGAACUUCAGCCUUUGGAUUUCAAAGGCAGUGUUGAAUUGCUUGCUUCUUCUUUAAACAAGCAUGCAGUGAAUAUACCUCAAGAACAGGUAGGAAAACGCAUUAGUAUUGGUCGAAACAGGGGCAUUUAUUUCCACUUUUGGGGAUGUUUUGUCAGUCAACAGGUCAGUAAAAUGCUGUAUAAUUCCCCUUCUGAAGACAAGUUCAAUCCAAGAUUUCUAACUCUACUGGCUGCAGAGAUGGCUGCUUGUGAAGAUAGAAAAGCUCUGUUUGACCACUUUGCAGAUUGUUUAUCCCAAAAGAACACUGUGGACCUUUUGUGUCAUAUUUUGAGCCGCAUUAAGAAACAAUUCAGUCAUAUUUUGUUUGAAUGGAAGCUGAGAAGGGUAUUUCUUCAUAUCCUUUUGGCUCGUAAUGGGAUCAGUGAGUGUGAGUUAUUGAAGAUUAUACCAAUAAAAUGGACGGAGUGGUUAUUACUGAGUCAAACCUUGCAUCAUAGCUGUAUUGUCGUGACAAGAAUGGGCCUUUUGACCUUUUCAAACAAACAGGUAAUAAGAGCUGUAAAUGAAACGUUUUCAUUUGAAGACAACUCGCAAGAGAUGGAGGAAUCGCAGGAAUCUUUUAUAAAAUUCUUCGAGGAAAAGCUAAGUGUUAACCAUAUAUGCUGGAGGUUGACUGACGAAUUACUCUGGAGUUUGAAGAAAACUUGCAAGAAAGAAGAGCUGACAGAAUGUCUUCUGAACCCAAUUGUCUUUAAAGUGUUUUUUGAAAGGGGCCGCAUAUCUGAGCUGAUAAGUUACUGGGAAUACUUGGGAAUUGAUCAGACGUCGCUUGGGAAGAAAUACGUGGAUGUGAUAAAACAGGUGGAAAAUGAGAGCGAACUGACGGAGGAAACUGCUGAAAUAUUUGAGGUCGUUGGUCUGUUUCUGAAAUGCUUGGGGCUUCUCAGUCAGGCUGCUCCAUUGCUGCAACGAGCCUUGGAAAUCCGAGAGACGGUGCUUGACCCAGACCACCCGCUUGUGGCUCAAUCUUUGCAUCAUCUUGCUGAUUUGAAUGCGCUGUGGGGAAAGUUCAGCCCAGCUGAAGCAUUCUUCAAACAUGCUGUAGAAAUCAAGGAAAAUGCUCUUGGCAGAGAUCACCCUUCUCUUGUUAAGGAUUUAGAAGGUUUGGCUAUUUUGUACAAGAAACAGGAGAAACAUGCUAUGGCAGAUUCUCUUCGUAGACAGGCAGAGGGUAUUAAGCAGAAGGCAAACUCAUCAGUUGAUUUGAGUGACUUGAAAAAGAAGACCCUGCAAGUGGAAAAACUCGCUCGUGGGUCACCAAGCGCAGAACUGGCUCGAUCGCUCAAUGAACUUGGAGUUUUGUACUUCCUUCAAAAUAAUCAUGAAGCGGCAAGUUCAUUUUUCCAGCGUUCUCUUGAGAUGCGCGAGGCUGUUCUUGGUCCUGAUCACCCAGAUGUGGCCCAAUCUCUGCAUAACUUGGCAGCCUUGUACAAUGAUCAAAAGUUGUAUGAAAAGGCGGAGCCUCUCUAUUCAAGAGCUUAUCAAAUUAGGCUAAAGGCCUUUCCUUCAAAUCAUGGAAGUGUAGCAUCUACUAUCAAACACUUAGCUGUUCUUUACCGAAAGCAGGGUAAAUAUUCUUCAGCGGAGCCGUUAUACAGACAAGACUUGGAAAUCCGAGAGAAGACAUUCGGUAAAUCGCAUCCAAGCGUCGCCACAGCCUUGAACAACCUCGCUGUAGUGUUAUGUCUUCAGGACAGACAGUCAGAAGCAUUACCACUGUAUGAGCGAGCUUUACACAUCUAUGAAGACACACUGGGUGGAUCACACCCACGAGUUGCCGAGACACUUGUGAACCUUGCCAAGCUGUCUUACGACCUGGGAUUCCCAGAGAAAGCUGCCCAGCUGUAUAAACGAGCAAACGACAUCAGACAGAAUGAACCACAGCCUGGUCUCUCUCCUCGUUCUUCCUGCAGUCAGCUUAGUAACAACUAUUUGCGUAAACACUCCCAGCCGCACGACAGUGUGUCAAGGGUGAUAUCAUUAUCAAAUAGUUGAGGGUUCACUAUUAGAACGUUUCUAUGUCACUUUUUAGAGUAGUGGUCACGAUUCCUUUAUUAGAGAUGUUACAGUUAAAUUUAGCCAAUCAUAGGAAGGAUUUUAACGUUGAGAGCCAAUCAGGUAUAAGUAUUUGCGAUAGUUGUGCGCCAUUUCCCGCGCUUUAUCCAACGCAUCUUCCACAUUGUCUGUCUACGCUCUGAUUGGUUUAUUUUAUUGUGUAGGAAGCCAAUCAGAAGCUAUCACGGCCGUGGCUUCGUGCUAUUUCUUUACUUAACAUAAAUUUUUAGUUCAAUUCUUACUUCAAACGUGGAUAACAAUAUUCUAUCUCUGUGUUCGACUCGAGAUGUUACACAUGGUUUUGUUUAACAGUCACAUCUGAUAUUAUGGUCAAAGGUAUUCUGAGAGGCCAGUUACGAAGACUAAAAUCUCAGCGCUAAGAUCUUCACUAGUUGAUUGACUGCGACAUCUCCUUUACUUGGCUGAAAAGGAUAAGGGCACUUUUUGAUUGAGUGUCAGUCGUAAAACAUAAAAUCCAAGGUAAUCACAAUGGCCACUCAGAAGAGAGGAAAAUACCUUUAAGAGCCAAUGAGAACUCAGUCAAAACAACCAAACUUCUUAAAGGGCGGGAAAACACCAGCAACAAAAUCGUGAUGGGUGUUAGUUACACAUCUGUGGCGAGAGAGAGAGGCGUGAGUUUUCUGGACUAAUCACAGAGAGAAGGAAAGCAAGCAAUCACAUUCGGUUACUUUCGACAUUCAAUUGAAAAUUGCCUCUACCUUCCAUAUCAUCCAAACUCAACCAAAUUAUUAACAAACCUUACAUGAUAACUUCCUAAAAAAACUAUUGUUAUAAGUAGAUUUUACAAACAUAAGUUGUGGACUUAAUCUUGACUCAAUUGGAAAGAUGUACUGUAGAUUCUUAGCAGUGUGUGCUCUGAAUUCAAAGCAGAAGCCACGUCAACAAAUUAACAAGUGGCUGUAUACGACUUUAUACUAAUUGACGAGCGUUGAAAAGAAUAUAUUACCACCUUCGUGAACUUUAAGAUAAUUAAUAUAUCCACCAAAGACAUGUAGAAGAAGGCUUUUGCUUGCGUUUCCCUUUAUAAUCUCGUUUAUCAGAGGGUUUAUACGUCACUCAACGUAUUUUUUAAAGAUUUAUUUAAUAUAAAAGUACAAAAGGCUUCUUUCGGCUGGUCCAUUUGAUUUAGGAAGCAUUUAUAAAAAACUUCGGCAACUAUUUUAAGCUUUUUUUAAAAGAUUUUCAAGGGGUUAAGAACAGAUAUAACUACUCAUCGAAGAGAUUUUAUGGUAUAUAUUAAGAAAGUUUUUUAUAUGUAAAUAAAGUCAAAUCAUAGAAAUCCUUUUUA